AUGUCGCGACUUAUUGUGAUCCUCGGUAUUACGGGUGUGCAAGGAAGCUCCGUCGCCGACGCUUACCUUGUGAAUCCGGGCUGGAAGAUUCGCGGUGUGACGCGCAAUCCGGCAUCUGAUACUGCAAAGAAAUGGGAGAUGAAAGGUGUUGAAAUGAUCAAAGGUGACCUUGAUGAUGUGGCAUCCUUGAGCGAGGCCUUUGUGGGAGCCGACAUUAUUUUUGGUGUCACCGACUUCUGGACAAUCUUCAAAGAUCCAGAAAGUCACCAGAAGAAGAAGCCCGGCCAAUCACUUGUGGAAUAUUGCCACGAUGUCGAGCUCCAACAGGGCAAGAAUAUUGCCGAUGCUGCGGCCACUGUUCCUGGCCUAUCCCGAUACAUCUUCAGCUCAAUGGCCCAUGCGAAGAAUUCCAGUAACAGCAAGUUCACCGAACUUUAUCACAUGGAUUCUAAAGCAGACGCUGCCAUCUACGCACAGAGCAUCCCGGCCCUGGCUGGAAAAUUCUCGCAGGUUCAGGCGCCCAUAUAUUUCCAGCUCCCUUGGGAGUGGGGACUUCCUACAACCCCGAAGAAGGUAGUUGAUGGCACCUGGCGAAUGACAGGAAUUGGCCCAGGUGACAAGGGCAUUCCGUUCGGGCAUGUCCGCAAGGAUUUCGGCCCUUGCGUCAGGGCAGUUGCAGAGUCCGAGCCCAAUGUCAAUUUAUUUGCUGUUGGUGAAUAUGUAUCGUGGUCAGAUUACCUCCGCAUCUUUUGCGAAACCCAAGGUUUCAAGUAUGGUGGCUACGACGAGCUUUCCUACGAUAAAUUCUGCGAGUUGCUUCCCGGAGGUCUUGGUCACGAAUUUGCUCACAAUGUAUUAUUUGCACAUGAGUUCGGGUACGAAGGUAUCGAUCCUGCUGUUGUACGACCAGAGAAGCUUGGUCUGAAAAUGACCUCGUUCCGUGAAUAUUGCCAAGAGACUGAUUUCUCGGCACUGGACGGUGACAAAUGGAGAGUACCUGUGCAGCCCCCAAUAAUGCGUCUUCUCACGAUUCUCCCUAUACUCCUUGGACUCAUAUCCAGCCAUUUCGUCUCUGCGACAGAUAAUGGCAAGACUACUGAUGUGACAUGGGAUCAAUACAGCCUCUCAGUUAAAGGAGAGAGGGUAUAUGUGUUCUCUGGUGAAUUCCACUACCAGCGACUCCCCGUGCCGGAGCUUUGGCUCGACGUAUUUCAGAAGCUACGCGCAAAUGGAUUCAAUGCGAUUUCUAUCUACUUCUUCUGGAAUUUCCACUCCGCUUCCGAAGAUACUUUCGACUUCGAGAACGGUGCCCACGACGUCCAGCGCGUCUUUGAUUAUGCCAAGCAGGCAGGUCUGUAUGUGAUUGCGCGCGCGGGACCUUACUGCAAUGCUGAGACCUCUGCUGGUGGUUUCGCACUGUGGGCAUCCAAUGGGCAAAUGGGCAGCACGCGCACGAGCGCAAGCACCUACUAUGACCGAUGGUAUCCGUGGAUCCAGAAGAUCGGAAAGAUCAUCGCCGCAAACCAAAUCACAAGCGGUGGUCCGGUCAUUCUCAAUCAGCACGAGAAUGAGUUGCAGGAGACAACACACAGUGCCAAUAACACUGUUGUCAAGUACAUGGAACAAGUUAAAGCCGCCUUCAAUGAGGCUGGUAUCGUUGUCCCGAGCACGCAUAAUGAGAAGGGAAUGCGCUCUAUGAGCUGGUCGACGGACUACCAGGAUGUGGGUGGUGCCGUCAAUGUCUAUGGUUUGGACUCCUAUCCUGGUGGUCUGUCCUGUACCAAUCCAGAUACUGGGUUCAAUCUCGUCCGCACUUAUUACCAAUGGUUCCAGAAUUACUCGAGUUCUCAGCCCGAGUAUCUGCCGGAGUUUGAGGGCGGUUGGUUCUCCCCCUGGGGAGGGACGUUCUACGAUCAAUGUUCUACCGAGCUUUCGCCUGAAUUCGCCGAUGUCUACUAUAAGAAUAAUAUCGGCUCCAGAGUCACAUUGCAGAAUAUAUAUAUGGUGAUGGGGGCAACUUCUUGGGGCCACAGUGCUGCUCCGGUUGUCUAUACUUCAUAUGACUACUCUGCGCCCAUGCGAGAGACGCGUGAGAUUCGGGACAAACUCAAGCAGACCAAGUUGAUCGGUCUGUUUACGCGCGUGUCAUCUGGUCUUUUACAAAUGCAAAUGGAAGGGAAUGGAACAGGGUACACCAGUGAUGCGGGUAUAUAUACGUGGGCCUUGCGAAACCCAGAAACCCAAGCCGGUUUCUAUGUUCUCGCGCACUCUACCAGCUCAUCUCGUGCUGUGACCACUACUUCACUUAAUGUCAAUACAUCGGCUGGGGCCCUGACAAUCCCUAAUAUUGAGUUGGCCGGCCGUCAGAGCAAAAUUAUCGUCACUGACUACCGGAUUGGCCAGGGCUCGAGCUUGCUCUAUUCAUCCGCCGAGGUCUUGACCUACGCCACCCUCGACAUAGAUGUUAUUGUCUUCUAUCUGAAUAUCGGACAAAAAGGAGAGUUUGUAUUCAAAGACGCACCGACCCAUCUGACUUUCCAAACUUACGGGAAUUCGAAAGUCAACUCUGGUGCAUCGAAUCAUGGCACGAAAUACACAUACACUCAAGGGGAUGGCACGACAGUGCUGAAAUUCUCGCACGGCGUACUGGUCUACCUUCUUGAUAAGGAGACAGCGUGGAACUUCUUUGCAGUACCGACUACUUCCAAUCCGAAUGUGGUUCCCAGUGAGCAGAUCAUUGCCCUUGGGCCAUAUCUCGUUCGCACAGCAACUGUCAGUGGGGAUACUGUCAGUCUUGUUGGUGACAACGCAAACACAACAUCUAUUGAGGUCUACACGGGCAACUCAAAGGUGACCAAAAUCAAGUGGAAUGGCAAAGAGAUCUCAACCAAGAAGACACCAUACGGCAGCUUAAUCGGAUCAGCCCCGGGAGCCCAAGCCAAAGUAUCGCUGCCGACUCUGAAAUCAUGGAAAGCGCAAGAUACCCUUCCGGAGAUUAAGGCAGACUACGAUGAUUCUCGCUGGACCAUCUGCAACAAAACGAGAUCAGUCAACUCUGUGGCACCACUCACACUUCCCGUGCUUUACUCUGGCGACUACGGCUACCAUGCCGGAACGAGAAUAUAUCGCGGACGGUUCGAUGGCAUGACCGCGACAGGCGCAAAUCUCACUGUCCAGAACGGCGCAGCCGCUGGUUGGGCCGCCUGGCUAAACGGAGUCUACGUUGGCGGAGCCAUUGGUGAUCCGACCCUAGCCGCGACAUCAGCCGAGCUACUAUUCAACAGCGCUACCUUGCGCAAGACAGACAAUGUUCUGACCGUUAUCAUGGAUUACACAGGCCACGACGAGGCGAACGUGUCGCCAAACGGAGCACAAAACCCGCGUGGUAUACUAGGCGCGACGCUUCUUGGUGGCGAAUUCACUUCCUGGCGUAUCCAAGGCAAUGCAGGAGGCGAAGCCAACAUCGAUCCCGUCCGGGGACCCAUGAACGAAGGGGGUCUCUAUGGAGAGCGUCUCGGUUGGCAUCUCCCAGGAUACAAAGCGCCCAAGACCGCAACCUCGCACAGUCCGCUGGACGGCAUAUCUGGUGCAGCAGGCCGGUUCUACACGACGACGUUCCAGCUCGACCUGGACUCCGACCUGGACGUUCCGAUUGGUCUGCAGCUCGAUGCAUCUGCUGAUUUCCCCGCAGUAGUCCAGAUCUUCAUGAAUGGGUACCAGUUCGGUCAUUACCUGCCACACAUCGGUCCCCAGACUAGGUUCCCUUUUCCACCUGGCGUGAUCAAUAACCGUGGGGAGAACACGUUGGCGAUGAGUCUGUGGGCGCUGACGGACCGAGGGGCGAGACUGAGUCAGGUGGAUCUGGUUGCAUAUGGGGCUUAUCGUACAGGAUUCAACUUCAAUCACGAUUGGUCAUACCUGCAGCCACAAUGGAAGAACAACCGGGAGCAAUAUGUGUAG